GGGGUUAUACUACUCUUUGGAAGAAGACCGUGCAAAGCCGCAGCCACGGUUCACUUGUUGCAAACAAAAUGGGCUUACAUCACGUGAUAAAAUUUCCAGCAAGAUCAAUCCACACACCUUGGCAGUUCUGCGGAACAUUGUGCGGCCUAGGUGAGUAGGGCCAGCCUAGUGAUUCGAUGAUUCAAAGAAACAACCAGAGAGCCAGCUACAGUAGGUGCAAUCUUGUGAACUCCUUCCCUCGAGAACAGAUUUUUUGAGAUUCCAGAAGCCACUUUUGGGCUCUGCAGAAGCUUGUUGCCAACAACACAACACGUUUUCUUGCAUGAUCAAAGAUGUUUUUCAUGGUGGAUCCUGCCUGGACUCUCCACAUUGACGCAAUGCCUCGUCGGUACCUCCCUUCUGACUAACCUUUAAACCGGCAGAUCCGUGCUACAGGAAGUUCUCAUAUUCCCGCACGUGCUUUUUUUGACAAUUUUGUGUUUGCUUGGACAAUGUUUGACUGCUUACAGAUCCCAAUCGACAGGCAGAUUGGCCAGUGUUCAGUUGACAGACUGGCGGCAAUCUGGCCAGACACAACUGAAAGCAGAUCUGUUAAGAAGCCUUCCGACUUAAAGUGAUCUUGAAUGGAAUGAGAUCGAGCUCUGCCCAGCCAAGCGGAACCAGGUUUGGAUCAUCCUGUCUUCGGCAAAGGGUUUUCUUGAGUGCCGAAGAAGGUUAGGAGGGAAAAACGAUGAAAAAGGUUAGCCUUUUCUCAAAUGUCUGCAGAUUUGUGGGACUGUAUGUCCUUUUCCUCAACGGAAUACGCCCCCUGUACAUCCGGCCCUUCAGCUGAGUCAGCCAGAAUACGUUCUUAAAGUUGUUCAAGCACCUGUUUUCUUACGGGUUUUGCUUUGGACAUGUAGCGAUGCCAGCUCGAGUUUAAAGAGGGACCGUGUGAGAGUUCCAUUUUUCGGCCAAGUUGUGCGAGCUUUUGCUCUUCACUUGGAUAAUAUCGCCCACAUUGCUUUGCAAAGCUGACAAUGCAGCUGUCUUCCAUGGCAGAGUUGCCCAAUUUUGAGGUUUGGCCACGCAGAGAAGGGAUUGAUUCGAUGCACAUUUUGUGCAAGCUUUUGGGGUUCCGAAAAGUGCUGGGCAGAUCCCAGGCGUUCCUGACAGGUCCCCAAACACCUUUAAAAACCUUGGAGUGGUCAAAGGAGGAUCUGAAUGGAGCUUUUGGGCAUAGACUGUCCCUGACUGGUGGAUAUCAUCAAAUCCAUCGGUUCCCACCAAGCCAGACGGACACGGGGCUGUUCGUUCCAAUCUGGCGCAGUCCACUGGCAGAGGGAGCAGAGACCUCCAGAAUGGAUCAUGAUCCACUCUUUUGUCGGUGGGCAGAUGUGGAGGUGGCAUCACUGCAAACGACCAAGUGCGUGGAAUUGAGAUAUCAGAGGGUUUUGCUGCAUACGAGCCAAAAAGGCUUUUGCCUUGUCACAAGGCCACAAGGCACACUAGCUUGAGGGCAUUGAAACUGAUGCACUUCAUUCCUAUUCAUUGAGAUGCUACCAAACUCUUUGAUGCAUCUAGAGCCAUCCACAUGCUUGGGCAAAA